GAGGAUAUACAAGCAAUUGGUUCUGUGGAACUGAAGCAAGGUAAGAAUUAACAUGGGAAUGCAACCUUUGGAUUGCACCCAGGAGCUGAAGCAUCAACGACAGCAGAGGAAGUAGCAGCGGCAGCCACUAAUCCUGCUCUAACGCCACAGCAGCUUGUCAUUCCAGUGGAUCUGCUAAUGGAGCUACAAACUGCCUGUGUCUCUCAGGAAACCACACAUGGAAAUGUCCCAGCGAGUCUGGAGGAGAUCAUGGAAGUUUAGCUCUCCUGGUGAAUCAAAGGUGGCCGUCCUUUUCUUUUACAGUUGCACAUUUCUGUGGGGUUACCCAACUUACCUGUUUUGGAUUAUGCCGUUAUCUUUUAAUACCCUGUGGAACGCCCAUGCUACCUUCCUCCUUGGGAAUGCUCUGAUGUGGUUCCUCUUCUUAAAAGCUUCUAUGAUGAACCCAGGUUUGCUUCCUCAACACACUGAUGAAUAUUACCAGGCCAUCAGACAGGUGGAUUAUCUUAAUUAUUGGGAAGAGGGCAAAAUCCUGUUGCCUAGACUAUGUCAUGUGUGCCACCUUGUGAAACCUCUUCGAGCUAAACAUUGUCGUAUCAUCAAUCGUUGUGUGUCUGGCUUUGAUCAUUAUUGUCCUUUUAUCUACAACAGCGUGGGAUACAGGAACAGGCCCUAUUUUGUAGGAUUCCUCACUACUAUGUGUCUGAACUCUGUUGUUGGAAUAUACCUAUGCUGGAAUUGGUUUAAUGUAAUGGGACGUAGUAUUUUCAUCGGGAUCGGAUUUCUCUUUCUGUCCGUCAUUGCCACAACAUCAGCAAUGAUGACUUCACUGUGUGUUUAUAUGGCGGCAGUCAACUUAACUACUGCAGAAUGUCUCAAAACAACGAAGUAUGCAUAUCUCCUGGACCAUCAAGGGAAGUUCUUCAAUCCAUUCGAUCGAGGAAUUAUACUAAACUUUAUGGAAUUCCUUCACAUCAUCAAGCCUCUAACAGAGGAGGAACUGAACAAAGCAGAUCUGACUUUGGUAUAAAGACUAUAGAAGAGUCAUGUACUCUAUA